AUGGAUAGAAAGAAAGAAAUUCAAGCUUUGUUUGAACAAUCCAGACAAUCAUUCAAAAAGGCCUUCCCAGUCUCAAGAAGGAUCCAGCAACUAGAAGCCUACCUUCAAGAUGAGAGCCUGAGCCACCAGCAUGUCAAUAUCCACGCCGCACUUCACAUGUACAAGACAGGGCAACUUGAAUAUGGGUACGGAUAUACUCUUUUCGUCGAAGGACAAGUUGUACCCAUGGAUGCUAUUCCAAAGGACUUGAUGAUGGCGCCAAAGUGGGCAGAGGGCUUGGGAACUCAACUUGGAAGCACCGCGCCUGUACCUCCGCAGCCUAAGGCUUUGGAAACAAGCAAGCAGCCUCAGGUAUUGGAAGAGAAUAGCCAGCCAGAGGCGCUAGGGACUCAGCUUGCACACUACACGUCGUAUUACGCCAACGGUACUGGUACUCACAUGAUGGCUGCACUCGUCCGACUCCUUCCCCCAUUUGGCGGAGAUCCAAACUUAGUCCGCAUGAUUACCUUCAUUAACGACACAGGAUCGUCCUUCCUAAGCUUGGACCCAUAUGAUUUGCUCGCUCUUGGCCACACCCCCUACUAUGCAGGAAAUCUUGGGCUUACUGACCUGCUGACCGCUAAUGGAACUGUGCAAAGACCGAUAGUAAUGGUUGAAAUGCAGCUCCUUGACGUCGAUGGUAACCCUGUGUCUGAUUGGUUCGUUGAGCAUGCAGUUCGGGCCCCGUUAUUUGCAGGCACCGAGCGUUUGUCAGGCCAGGGAAUGCGAAACUUUUUGUACUUUGGCACUGCUCCUGGAAAUGGCAGUCUCUAUAUUGCCGAGAAAAAACACAGACUUGUCAGGCAGCUCCCCACUGUGUAG